GGUGGUGGAGGGGGGCUUAAGUGUCCCAGGAGGGGUUAAAGGAUGACCACCAUGGCCGAUAACCACAAGGAGAGCUGGGCAGCUCUGGUAGCUGCAGCGGAAGGAUACCGGCGUCAGACCGGCAAUGAAGUGGUGCUGCUCACGGCCUUCCAGGCCCCUCCUCCUGGCGGCUUUGGCUACACGCAGGACGGCAGCGGGGCCCUGGCGGACGCCGUUCAACGCUACCUCGAAGACAUUGCGGUGGUCCACAAGACCACGGCCUUCACUUACGCUGCCCGUCCUUCCGCGGCCCCUUGCCUGCCCCCCAACCAUGGCUCCUACUCUCGAAGCUACCCCUCCACCUGUGCCCCAGAUGAGCUUGCCUUGCACAGGACGCCUACCCCCCAAGGGCCUUCGCCGCAGGCUUCUGGAGGUCAGGAGCCUGAAGAUGAAGACGAUGAAGGAGACAGGAACACUCUGACAGAAGUGGAGCAACCAGGUGGGAGAGACCAUCCCAGCGACACCACUGGUCUGUUUGUGAUGGAUGAGGAUUCCCCGAGCCAAGAAUAUGAACCUUUCUUUGACUCUGACCCAGAGAGCACUGAUGAUGGGAGUCUGAGCGAGGAGGCCCCCGGCCAGACAGCCCCUCCCCCCCUCAGCCACCAAUAUGCCAAGUCCUUGCCUGUCUCGGUGCCAAUCUGGGGGUUUAAGGAGCAACGGCAAGAGAUGCGCUCCUCCGACGAGGAGAACAGCAAGCAUUCGUCCCCUGACCUCGAGAAGAUCGCCGCCAGCAUGCGGGCUCUGGUUCUGCGGGUCUCGGACGGCACGGAGAUGUUCGGCGACCUGCCUCGGCCGCGGCUCAACACGAGCGACUUCCAGAAGCUCCAACGGAAAUACUAGCAGAUCUGGCGGUCCCCU